UUUCCCUGCACUUCAUCCCCAGCGAGGGAGGGGUUGUCUGUAUUUGAUGUAAAUGUCACGACCGACAGAUUAGUAUUAAUGUGUUGCCGCAGAUGUGAUAAAGUGAUUGUUGCAGCACGACAGACAACAUCCCCUCCAGUCAUGGCCUCGGACCCGAACGGCUCCAUUGCCAGCCGCAGCCCGGCCAACCAGUUCGUUCAGCCGGCGUGGCGAGUGGCGCUGUGGGCCCUGGCUUACUGCGCCGUUCUCGGCGUGGCGCUGCUGGGCAACGCGGUGGUCAUCUGGAUCAUCGUGGCGCACAGGCGGAUGAGGACCGUCACCAACUAUUUCUUGCUCAACUUGGCGCUGUGUGACGUGUCCACGGCCGCCUUCAACACGCUCGUCAACCUGAUCUACGCGGCCCACGGGGAUUGGUACUUCGGGGAAGUUUACUGCAGGUUCCACAACUUCUUCCCGGUCGCCGCGGUGUUCGCCAGCAUUUACACCAUGACCGCCGUCGCCAUUGACAGGUACAUGGCCAUCAUCCAUCCUCUGAAGCCUCACCUGUCAGCCAAAGCCACUCUCGCUGUGAUUGUGCUCAUCUGGAGUCUGGCCGUGGUCCUGGCCUUCCCGCUUUGCUACUUCUCCACAACCCGAGUCCUGCCCCGCAGGACCCUGUGCUACGUGGCAUGGCCCCGCAUGGCAGACGACGCCUUCAUGUAUCACAUCGUGGUGACUGUUCUGGUCUACGUGGUGCCUUUAGUGGUGAUGGGCAUCACCUACUCCAUUAUUGGGGUGACCCUGUGGGGCGGGGAGAUUCCUGGAGACACAUCUGAUAAUUAUCAUGGACAGCUGGGGGCUAAAAGGAAGAUUGUGAAGAUGAUGGUGGUGGUGGUGGUGACCUUCGCCCUCUGCUGGCUGCCCUAUCACGUCUACUUCCUGGUGACAGGCCUCAACAAGCGCCUGAGCAGGUGGAAGUCCAUCCAGCAGGUGUACCUGGCAGUGCUGUGGUUGGCCAUGAGCUCCACCAUGUACAACCCCGUCAUCUACUGCUGCCUCAACGGCAGGUUCCGGGCCGGCUUCAAACGAGUGUUCCGCUGGUGUCCGUUUGUCCGGGUGUCGAGCUACGACGAGCUGGAGCUCCAGAACCGGAGGCUGCGCCCGGGUCGCCAGAGCAGCAGGUGCACAACACUCUCCCGGGUCGACAGCAGCAUCCUCAGUAAGGACAAGAGCGUCUGCUCUCGUGGAAAUAGGUCAAAGUGUAAACCGGAGCCCGAAAAUAAACAUAAUUAAUUCAUUAGUUUUAGUAUUUAUUAUUAUUACAUAAAAUCAUGUUUUGUUUAUUGGCUAAGUUGUUAGUUAAAUUAAGUAUUUAAUCCAACACAAUACAUUUGUGGAACAAUGUACUGUAAUUAAGAUUACCGUAUUUUUCGGAUUAUAAAUCGCUCCGGAGUAUAAAUCGCACAGGCCGAAAAUGCAUAAUAGAGAAGGAAAAAAACAUAUAUAAGUCGCACUAGAGUAUAAGUCGCAUUUUUGGGGGAAAUUUAUUUGAUAAAAUCCAACACCAAGAAUAGACAUUUGAAAGGCAAUUUAAAAUAAAUAAAGAAUAGUUAACAUCAGGCUGAAUAAGUGUACGUUAUAUGAGGCAUAAAUAACCAACUGAGAAUGUGCCUGGUAUGUUAACGUAACAUAUUAUGGUAAGAGUCAUUCAAAUAACUAUAACAUAUAGAACAAACAAAGCAAAACUAUACCUCAAUGAAAAUGCACUCCGUACUCUAUACUGCACCUUGGUACUCCCAUACCUUACAUACUGUGUUGAAGUAUGGGGGAAUACUUACCACAACACAAUUCAUCCUCUGAUCAUAUUACAGAAAAGAGCAGUGCGGAUCAUUCACAACGUUGGUUAUUUAGAACAUACUCAUAAUCUGUUUAUGCAAUCAAAGUUGCUCAAAUUUCAUGACCUUGUUAAAUAUAAUACAUUAAUAAUCUUAUAUAAAGCAUUUAACAAAUUAUUGCCGCCUAAUCUACAACGUUUUUUUAUAAGACGAGUGCAGGCUCAUAACUUGACAGGCUUUGGAUAUUUCUUAUUGCCGAGAGCUCAAACCACUCAAACGUUUUCGUGUGUCUGUAUGCGGAGUAAAACUAUGGAACAAACUGGACUUACAACACAAGCCAUGCCAAACUAUUAAUCAAUUUAAACUAUUAUACAAACAUGGGAUCUGGUUCAAAUAUAGAGCUGAGGGUCUUUAAUUUGACCUGCUGCUGUACUCUUCUCAAAGUGAUAACGUGCUAAAAAAAUUAUCUUCUUCCCACUCCCUUUCAGGCAAAACUGGACAAUCAUGCUUUACAGACUAUACAUUACCUUUUGCACUUUAUUAAUUUAUAUUAUUAUGUGUUGUCAACUUUGUACUUUUUUAUGUCAUUGCCUGAAAUAAAUAAAUAAAUGAAAGAAAAAAAAAAGAAUGAACAUGCUAUACGUUUACCAAACAAUCUGACAUAUUUCACUGCUUCCAGCUUGUAACCUGCAGUAUAUGAUUUCCUUUUCGGUGCCAUUUUUGUUCAGCCUUUGUCAGUUUUUUAUAAGUUACCGCCAAUGUUGAAAUGAUCAGUUUUCAUAUGGUACGGAAGUAGUAGCAGGUAGCAUCUUUUUUUUCACAAUGCACUUCUGCCAUGACCCGCCCCCGCCAAAUUUGUGUGACGAUAGCUGAUAUACGCCUAGUCUCUUAUGUGAAUGAGAUAAAUAAUAUUAUUGGAUAUUUUACGGUAAUGUGUUAAUAAUUUCACACAUAAGUCGCUCCAGAGUAUAAGUCGCACCCCCGGCCAAACUAUGAAAAAAACUGCGAUUUAUAAUCCGAAAAAUACGGUAUCUAUGUUUAUCAUCUCUUUUGUUUACAUGGCAAAGGUGCUGUUUAUAGUUAGUGUUUAUAUGUAAUAUAUUUUCAUGUACUGUAUGUCCUAUGUAAUAGUGAUACAAUAUGCUUAGGAUCAACAACUGUUGGGAUGUCAACCAAAGUAUAAAAAUGUUUUGUACUAAUAGUUAGAGGUGUCAUGAUACAACUUUUUUCCUUCUGAUAAGAUACCAAUAUUGGCACCCUGAGUGUUGGCCGAUACGGAUAUUAAUCCGAUACGAUAUCAAUUAGAGUACUUGUCAUUUUAUAGUGCUGAAUGUUGGAUCAAGUUGAUCAAGUGGAAUUACUCAAACAUAGAACAACCAUUGUGGCAUUAAAGUGCAUACUAAUCAUUUUGUAGUGUGGAAUGUAGUGUUGUCCCGAUACCAAUAUUUUGGUACCGGUACCACAAUUAUUUCGAUGCUUUUCUGUACUUUUCUGUACUUUUCUAAAUAAA